AUGCUAUUACUAUCUAAAGUUGAUGCAGAUCUACUUCAAUUGAAGGACAGUGCAGUUGAUGAAAAUGUUAUCAAUUUAUACCUUGGAAACUCAGAAAAUGGUAUAAGUCACGGUGUUAAAAAUUCAGAUGAUGAUAUUAGAAGCAGUUUCGCCUCUACUGUGGAACUUUCCAAUAGCAAUCAUAUCUCUUACCAUCUGUCCAUGGCUAACACCGUUAUAACACUAUAUCCUGUGGAAAAAAACCUUUUUAACAAGACUAUCAAUUUAUUUUUACCUGAGCCUACGAUGAAUCAACACCAUACGUUAACGAUUCAAGAAUUCAAUGGAUGUCUGUUAAUUAAUACGAUAUUGCAAAACGGUAUUUACCUUUUAAUUGAGCUGCCGUUGAAAUACAUCUUUUCUCCAAACGAACGUCUCGAUCACGACUGGUUUAAGGCUUUCAAUCCUUAUGAUUUCACCGUCAGAGUUCCACACUUGUUGUUCUCUGUAUCACCCCAAUUUUUAGUGGCAUUUUUGGAUGAUGGUGGACUGCUCGGAUUGAAACAAUUGAACGAUACUGACGUGGAACCCAUUUUAUUCAAUGAUAAUUCUUAUUUGCAAAGUAUUACUAGUUUGUUUUCUGGCAGGAAUUCUCAUAGAUCUGAAAAGGCAGUCAGCUGUAUUUUGUAUGAACAAAGAUACCUAGUCAUUUUGACUCAACAUUGUCAUUUGAGAAUAUGGGAUAUUACGACUUUCAGCUUGGUACAAGAUUAUGACUUUUCUAAAGAGCACCAUUUUGAAAAUGUAGAUAUAAGUUCCUAUGAAAACCCUGGUCGUUUUAUGUCGUUAUUCAGUAACUAUCUGAUGGUGUAUCUUCCCUUUGGGAAUGGUAUCUUUGAAAUAGGAACUUUGACUCCUGGUGGCAGAGGAAGAAUUAAUUUUACUAGUAAGGGGGUCUUUGCCGCCAAUCUUUCCUCCUCCUCUAUAUGGUCUCUGGUCGAUAUGACACUCCUCAAGCCUCUCGACCUCAAUUUGACCUACAGUUACGCUAAUCUAGUUGUAUUGUGGAAAAGUGGUACGGUAAGCAAAUUACAGAUCUUGAACAUUUUAGACCAGGACUUACAAGCCCAUGAAUGGAUAGAAGCGACGAAUAGAUCUCUAAGCGAUAUUGAAUCGGAACAAGACUUGAAUGUCAAUAGCGAUGCUGAAAAAGGCCUUUUUAAUUUGAAAUCUCGCUAUGAAUCACGUCUUUUUGAAAGAGCUCAGAAAAUCUUGAAUGAAAAUAACAUUAUAAUGCUCCCUGGUGAAUCAGAAUUAAUGGACUAUUUGGCCAAUUUAGAGACUGUUUUGAAAGACCUAAAGAGCAAGUCUGAUGAAGUAUCUUCUCUGACAAUCUAUAGGGAUGAGAUAAUUUUGGUUAACAGUUUGCAAAAAUACAACCAUUCAGUUUACAAGACCAAUACACCCCUGGAAAAUAUUUAUUAUAACAUCCACAGUGAAUUAAAUGAUGACGAAUUAACUAGAUAUUUGAAAACACUACAUGGGUUCUCCUCCACGAUAUCUAAGGAUGUGCUCAAGGAUGUUUCUGAAAGGUUCAUUGGAAUUGUAAGUGGUGCUGUUGCUGGGAAUUUAUCACCCAAUGAAAAAUUUACCGAUAUAUUCAAAACUUGCCUUGAAAACAAAUUCGAACUUUCCAAUUUAAAGCUUUUAUUCAAUGAGUUGAGCUCAUUUGAUAUCAUCCCUACACUGAAUGAAUUUAUUGAAAACAAUUUGGAACCCUCGGUGGUUAACCCCAGUGAAUUCGUGGAUUCGAUAACUAUGGAUAGUUUAGCAACUGUGGUCACAUUGGAAGGCCUGCGUCAACAAGUCACCAUUCAGCGUCACUUUGUUUUGCAGAUACUGUUAACUUUUGCCUUCCUAGAUUUCGAUUUUACGGCUUUUGAAAAACAGAUUACAUCUCUAUUGGACUACCAUUUUAAACAAUCUCUUUUCUUGGAAUUGUUCAACAUUGAUAAGUCAUUAUUGGCAAAGGAAUUGUUAACUAGAACUACAGAUCACGGGUGUGGUAUAAAUCUGCUGUCCUACACCGAAUUGCAUAAUUAUUUGAAAUAUGCACUAUCUGAAUUUUAUGAAAGCCCCAUAUCGAUGAGUCCCUAUUUCUUGGGUUUCUACAAAUCCUUCAUUUUAGAAUCUGGUGUUUCUAACAAGCAAAAUUUGCUCUCUCCUAAAUUUUUGUUACAAAACGUAGGUUGGCCAUUCCAUGUUCGUGGUAAUAAAGUACAAGAAUUUCUCAUAGCGACAAUCUUGUUUUCCUGUGAGCAAUAUGGUCAAGCAUUUGAUUAUUUCCAUUUGCAUGAUUAUCCUGAUACAAUUGCAGAUUCCUUACCUGAUUGUUUGAAAGAACUUCAAGACAACGAUUCGAGUAGCAUCUGGGCACCUUUGAUCUUUUCAUUCACGGUUCCUUACAAGCAUUCAAGUUUCGAAUACGAAUUGUCUCUACUUUUCGCAGAUAUUGGCAAUUAUGAAUAUGCUCUCAAAUCUAUCAAAAGAUCUAUCGAAUAUUCUAUGAAAGAUAUUAGCAUUGAUGAACCUCAUGAUUUCAAACAGGCUCAAAUAGUUCAAUAUUUGGAUUUACUUUUCUAUUUCGAUAUGUUUGCCGAAGCUCUCGAUGUAUUAAGAUUGAGCCCUGUUUUAUCACGAGAAGUGAAAACCAACUACUAUAGAUCAAUUUUGGAGAGUACACAACAAAGUGGGCCAUUUUUUGCUACGUUAUUAAAACUGUGUCAUUCUAAUGAUAAGGGUCCACUAUAUUUACCACCAGACGAUUACCAAAUAAUAGACAAGAUCAUAUUAUCACAUAGUAGAGAGAAUAAUUGGACUAAUUUGAAAAAACUCUACAGUUUCCGUGUAGUUAAUAAGCAUGAAAGAUCAGCAGUGGAGGCACUCUAUGAAUAUGUUCAAAAAGCAGGUUAUGAUCCUGAGACAAAGAGAAAAUGUUUUCUGUUGAUAAUCAAUACGUUAUCAACGUUUGACGAUGAACAAGAUCAGUGGUUGCUCAAUGGUUGUAAUAUUGUAACACUAGGUGAACUAAAAGCUGAACUCCGAAGGCUUUAA